GAUGGAAAGGUGGAUCUGAAAGACGUUAUGGAGAGAGUGAUGAGUACCCAGUGGCCUUCCCAGUAUGACAGGGAUAAGGUUGACAUUCAGCACCUGGACUCCAUCCUGAUCAACAUGGGGGUCCACCUAACAAAUGAGGAGCUGCAGGAGGCCCUAAAUCACAUGACAGUUGAUGCAGAUGGGAAUAUGAAUUUGCGUGAAUUUAUGGAGGUAGUGGAGACUGUCCAGAAAUUACCCUCUGCUGAAGAGGACAGAACUGAUGUCAGUAACCUGGACAACAUUGGUAUCCACUUAACUAGUGAAGAGAUGCAGGAAGCCCUGAAACAUAUCACAGAUAGAACAGAUGGGAAGGGGAAUUUGAGUGAAUUUACGAAGGGGGUAAGAACUAUCCAGAAAUUACCCUUAAGUGAAGGGGACAGAGUUGAUGUCAGCAACCUGGACUCCAUCCUGUCUAGCCUUGGGAUCCAUCUUACCAGUGAGGAGAUGCAGGAGGCACUGAAGCAUAUUGCUGUAGACGGUGAUAAGGUUGAUAUCCAGCACCUGGACUCCAUCCUGAGCAGCAUGAGGGUCUACCUAAUCAACGAGGAGCUGCAGGAGGCCCUGAAACAUAUGACAGUUGAUGAGGAUGGGAAGGUGAAUUUAGGUGAAUUUAUGGAGGGACUGAGGGCUCUCCAGAAAUCACCCACAAGUAAAGAGGACAGAGAUGAUGUCAGUAACCUGGACUCUGUCCUGACCAGCAUGGGAGUCCAUCUAACCAAGGAAGAGAUGCAGGAGGCUCUGAUGCCUAUUGCUGUUGAUGGAGAUAAGGUCGGCAUCCAGCACCUGGACUCCAUCCUGAGCAGCAUGGGGAUCUAUGUGACCAAUGAGGAGCUGCAGGAGGCCCUGAAACAUACGCCAGUUGAUGAUGGAAAGGUGAAUUUGAGUGAACUGAUGAAGGGAUUGAGGGAUGUCCAGAAAUUGCCACCUGUUGAAGGAGAGAAGGACAGGGUCGAUGUCAGUAACCUAGACACCAUCCUGGCCAGCAUGGGGAUCCAUCUAACCAGUGAGGAGAUACAGAAGGAACUGAAGCACAUCACUGUGGACGGAGAUGACAAAAUCAGCUUGAGCACAUUUAUGAACAGCAUGAUGAGUACACAGAGACCAUCCCAAAUCAAAAAGAAACCUGGGCCAAACUUUGACCAGACCCCCAAAACAGAUAUGACGUUGAAAUCCAUGCCAAAGAAAAUGAUGCUGAAACCCCUGCCAAAAAAGAUACGUGGAGAAUUAUCAGCCAUCCUCCUAGACAGGAGUAAGUGCAAAGCAGCAAAGAAUAUGACCAGGAACCAACUAGAAGCAUUCUACGAUGCCUACAAUUUCUUCACAAAGGACUCAGAUGGCACCAUUGACCUACAUGAGUUGGAGAUGACUACAAAGAAGCUUGGGCUUAAUUUAACUGAACAAGAAGCCUAUGAUGAGCUGGCAUAUGCUGAUGUGGACAGGGAUGGGAAGGUGAACUUCUUGGACUUCCUGACCAUUAUUAGUGACACCAAGCGUUUCAUCCAGGCUGUAGCUCCUGAGAAAGGCAGUCUGGACAGCUUCAAUUUAGUUGAUGCCACAGGAAUCUUGAUGUUUGAAGUCCUGUCAAAGCUGAUGGAAAAGUCAGCUUUGUCCAGGAGGACCAUGCUUGAGAUUGUCAGUUACUACAGAAACAAGUUCCUGGACUGCACUAGCAAGAAAGCUUGGAUGGUCAUGGACAGCUUUAUAUGUCAUGAUAAAAGGCUCCACAAACUCAAAAAACACCAGGGUCAUCAAAAAGGUGCUGCAUCCCCCACAUGUGCCUUUACAAAGGUUGCCCACAUUCCCGUCAUGAACAACAAGCAGCUGGAAAGCUGUGUUGAAACCCUCAGAGCAUGUACUUCCACUUCAAACAGCCCUUAUGCACAAGUACCCAUCUUCCCAUUGCUUCCCAAUCGAGAUGGUGUGACAAAGACCAGGCCAAAAAAAGACUUGCAGAAGCUGGAGAUGCAGAGGAGGAAAAAAAGGAUACCAUCCUUUGAGAACCACUUCUUUCAUAAAAGAAACUGGGUGCAUGAGGCAACUGCUUUCAAACCUCCUGAUGACUUCCAAGAACGGCGGACCUCCCUUAGUCUGAGCCCUCAGUUGCUGGACAAGGAACGCUGGUUGACUAUGGAAAACCUGAACGAGAUACGAACAAAUGUGAAGCAGGUAACUGAUACGUACAGGCAAGGGAUAGCACUCCAGGAGAGGAACAGGAUAUUGAAACUGUGGCAGAAAGUACAUGGCAGAGAGACUGGGUUAGAGGCAGGAAACGACAGCUUCUAUCACACUUUCUCCACCUACUCCUGGUCAUGGAACAUCUGCCAGGAACUGGUGACACCCAAUGACCUUCGAAAGUAUGAUAACAAGCUGUACCACAGGCAACACUCCUCAGCCUUCUCCACAGAAGCUGGCAUUAAGGAUGGGAAAGGAAGAGAAAAGCAGUGAGAAAAAAAAAAGACCAGGCUGCCACAUGUUCUUAACAUUGCUGUUGACUCCUCUCUCUCUCUCUCACCACACUCAGUUUUUUGUAUGUGUCUUGGGCUGUUAAGCUCACAGCCCCGAAGGCUGGGAGAGGGAAAGGUUUCCCCUUUGGAUUGGAUACUGGCAAGCACAAAUGACAGGUGCCCCUGGAGGCUGGGG